UGCUGACGGGACAGGUAGGAAUGUUAUUCCGCCAGAUGACCUAAUUAUAGCAGACCGUGGAGAGACAACAAAUAUGGCGGCUAUUUCCUUACCUGGUGGCUGAGUGGGAUACUAAAGGAUACCUACAUCUGAAUUUCAUAUUUCCAUCGUCAUAUACACCUAUUUGUGCCUUUGAACUUCGACGACAACAACAGUAUGGACGAGUUUCCCACGGCGUUCUUCCUGGCGCCCCUGGAGGACGUCAUCAACAACCCGUAUGUGCUGUUCCGGCUGGUGACCCCCACGCCCCCCAACAGCUUGCAGAAACGUGGAGGGGUGGAGUCAGCAGCGGGGCUUGUCAACGUCAUCCCUCAGAGACGAGUCUACCGAAUGGAGACGAUUGAGGAAAUCGAGAUCUUCAAACGAGAGAGUUGAUAAAGCGCCCCCUGGUGUUGCAGUGCAUGUCGCACUCCGGCGUCGGGUGUGGCUCCGUCGGUUUGGGCUGCGGCAUCCUCCCCAACGACAAAAACUGGGUGCUGUUGAUCAACCAAACCUACCCCAAGAUUCUCAGUCGAAUACAAAUGGGUUGUGAUGCCGCAAAGAACGCUAUGGACAAAGGUCACCCUUUCGUCCUUCGGUUCCAGUUCGGGACGUUGCUGCAGCGGCUGCACACGGAGCUGUUUCCCGAGGAGGAGAUGCGGUUCCCCAUCCUCCAGUACGCAGAGUGGGAGUUCGCAGAGGUCGUCAUCAGGUUCCCUGGGAGUCUCCGCUCUGAAGAAGAAGAACCCCCAACAACAUUCUUGUCCCCAGUGUGUACUGAGCUGAAUUUCAACUUUGCGGACAUCAACCAGAACGAAAUAAAACGUGUUUCUAAUCCGCAAAACAAGGUGCUAAGAGGACAGAUCCCAGCAAUAACAGAAGAGGAAAUACGAGAUGUGCUGCACGGAUGGACGGUAAACGAGAUCUCGCCAUUAGACGAUAUCGGAGAGGAACGACCCGAGACUUACAACUACGCGCAAGCUGGCCGCUUGUACGAGAGCUUCCGGCGGAAGAAACGACGACAACCAAAGGCCAGCGACAGUUCCCAAGGGGCGGGAGAAAAACCCGAUGAUAAAAUACGUAUGCAGAGUGCAACAAGUGGUCAAGACGAUAGCAUAGACAUUAGGGAGGUUGAAACAUCGUUUGUGGAGGAUGACGGUGGAUUUAGCCCUGCCAGACGCAAUUUGCCCUCAGACACCAGACAGCCUGUCCGACCCCAGAGAAGGGGAGAUAAUUACCAACCUCGUUUGCAGGAGAAAAGAGAGCAAGGCUAUGGCAAUGGUCAUCUCUAUCCAAACAUCACCGUGGUGGACAACAGUCGGGGCCGGACAUCGUCCAGCGACAGCUACUACAACAUUAAUUCAGGUCCUGAUGUGCCCAAACCGUUUGACCAGAUCCCCCACAGGGAUAGUGACCGGUCCUCUCACUCAACAGGGGGUGCGGACAGUGGCUACUCGGGAGCUGACGAUGAUGGUUUCAGUGGUUACUAUGGCAACCGGAGGCAAGAUGGCCACCGGAAGCCAGCAAAUGAUUACAUGAGGGAAAGACAUGGUCACCAUAAUGAUCCAAUGGACAAAUACGGCAGCACGACAACGCAGAGAGCUCACGAGAAUCUCGGAUUCCGUCUGGACGAUAACGAUGAUAUCAUUCGGAAACAUAAGGAGUUAGCUUCCAAAAUGAAGCCAUCCAGAGGAUACGACUAUGACGAAGGUGGUCAGUCAAGGCAUGUGUAUGAACGCCCAAAUGAACAUUACGAGGAACGGCACGCUUAUGCUCCUCGUAGCCGACCUCAAAAUCUUCAUUACAAUGACAAUGGUGACAACAGACGGGACAAUUACGAACCACGUGACCGAUCACGUGGUUACAGCAGCGAGCGAAGUUAUAACAGCUCGGCGGCACCAGAAGCCGGGUCAAAGUUCAAGCUUCCGGAACAGGAAGCAAUGGCUGAGAGCUUCAUCUGAUUCUGAAGGAUUGGAAUGAACAGUUAUUGAAGGAGAUGUUUAUUCUCUGAGAAGUAUGGUGGAUAGCCACGUACACGGUCUGUACAUGCAUCUGUACGGUGUACAAACUAUUUCAGCAUGUUAACAGGGAAAACCAUGUAUUCGUUGGUGUAGAAUUAUGCAGCUGAACAAAUGCACUCCAUUAUGAUAAAGCCACAUAUGGAAUUUGUGAUUCGCGUCACCCAUCACCCAUCCUAUUUCUCUUCAAACUGGAUCGAUGCUCAUGCUGUUGAUCACUGGAUCGUCUGGUCCAGACUCGAUUAUUUACAGACCGCCACCAUAUAGCUGGAAUAUUGCUGAGUGCGGCGUAAAAGCAAACUCACUCACUCACUUUUCAAACUGCAUUCUCAAUUCGGUUCCCGUCCCUUAUUUUUAGAGCUAUGUUGCACUUUUUGAUGCAACCACAGCAAUGCUGUUCGUGAUUUGAAAUCGGAAAAUCCCACAUGUUAUUAUUUUCAUUAACUAUGAUUUUGAAGUUAGGUUUGUGUUUCCUAAAAAUACUUACUCUUAUUUAUUCGUAAUGAGAAACUGUCCUGUGUUUUAUGUGGCUUUAUGUACUAAUGUAUGUGUUAUUUACUUUACAAUUCCUCAUAAUCAUAGUGCAUGCUUGGAGGCAGGGGUAGUGAUUCCUCGUCUCGGUGAUUUCUGUGUUUAAGUCCGGGAUGAGUAAUCAUUCGUGACCCACUCGUGUUAUUCCGGGACAAGCCGAAUAGCUUCUUGGAGGUUACGGAAAGGGGCGAGUGAUGACGAAUGGAUGAGUAAUAUGUCAUCCGUCACCACUCGCCCCUUUCCAGAGCCUCCAAACCCGUGAAGAUCUGGGUUAGAAUUGGUCUUCAGCAACCUAUGCUUGUCGUAAAAGGCGACUAACGG